CCCUCCGUUUCCGUGGCAAUGCUGGCACUGCCUCAUUGGCGGAGAGCGGCGCGAGGGAUUCCCCCCGCCGUGAACGUCAAGAAUGCCCAAACAUGGCCGACUUCCUGCGGUGACGGCGGGCAUCCCCACGCCAUAAAAGGAGCGGCGGGCUUUCCUCACUGCGGCAGUGCAUCUCACACCCGCUGCAGUCACAUCCACUAAGUGUGUGUGUGUGUGUGUGUGUGUGUGUUGCUUCCAUGGCGACACCUGUUUGAAUGAAAAUCCGCAUGUUGGACGUAAACAACAACUGUGUCUGACAAACACACAACAUUCAGUUUUGCCGCAGAGGAUGGGAUGUGGUUUCCAUGGCGACAGGAGGACAUUCACACAAGUUGAUAAAAAAAAAAAAUCAAAGAUGCCAACGUGCUCGGCAGCGCGCCCUAGUGGCCGGUGUUUCAAUGGCAACCAAUCUGAGCCCUGGGGUGUGUUUAUCAUGGCAUCCAAUGAUCAACAUUGGGCCUGCUUUGGAUUGGUAUGCGCUGUGAUAUCAGCAAGGUCGCCUGACGCAGACAAACUCACGUACGCGGCCUCCAACCGGCGCAAGGUCCCUGCAGCCGUCAAGACUUUAAAAGACGAGCCGCUCGACCUUUGUCUUCAUUUCCUCGCCAUGGUAGCCUAUGUUUUUCCCGUGACCGUCUCGCCGUUCCUCGAGGUCCUCCUCGUCCUCCUCGUCCUCGCCGCGCUCGCCAUCCUGGCGGCGCUUGGUCAGCGCUCCGGCGGGAUGCCCGGCCUGCCCCGACUGCCCCUAGUGGGCAGUCUGCCUUGGAUGACGGGAACCGCACCCCCACACCUGCUCUUCAUGAAGUUUGGCCGAAAGUACGGGCCCUUGUUCGAGCUCUACCUGGGGCCGCAUCGCACCGUGGUGGUCAACGAUCACGACUGUGCCAGAGAGGUUUUGCUGCAGCGAGGGCGGGACUUCGCCGGGCGACCCAGCAUGGUGACGCUCCAUGAAGCCGUUGAGGGCGCCCUUUUUUUUUUAAAAAAUUUUGUGCCGCACGUCAACUAUCCUUACGUCCGGCAGGUGACCACCGAUCUGCUGACCCGUGGCGGGAAAGACAUUGCCUUCUCGGACUACUCGCCGCUGUGGAAACUGCAUCGCCGCCUGGUGCACUCUUCCUUCGCUCUGUUCGGAGAAGGAAGCAGCCGCCUGCAGGAUAUCGUUCUGUCCGAGGUGGACGGUUUGUGCGCAGAGCUGCUGUCCGGCGAUGGGCGGGGCUUCGACCCGUCACUCGCAAUAACCACGGCCGUCACCAACGUGGUGUGCACGUUGGUGUUCGGCACCACUUACAAACACGGCGACGGAGAGCUGCAGGAGGUGAUGCGCUACAACGACGGCAUCGUGCAGACCAUCACCAAGGGGGGACUGGUCGACAUCUUCUCCUGGAUGAAGGUGUUCCCCAACGAGUCGCUAAGCAAGCUAAGGGCGUGCAUCCGCGUACGAGAUCGCCUCCUCACACAAAAACUGCACGAACACAAGGCGACGCUGAGCGAAGGGGACCCGCGAGAUCUCCUGGACGCCUUGCUGAAGGGUCAAGGGUCACCCGGGUCCGACGGGACGGUCAUCACGGACGACCAUGUGCUGAUGACGGCGGCGGAGGCCUUCGGCGCCGGCGUGGAGACGACAUCCACCACGCUGCUUUGGAUCCUGGCCUAUCUACUGCACCAUCCCGAGGUCCAGGAAAAAGCACAGAGGGAACUCGAUGAGGAAGUGGGCGAACGAGCUGUGCGUGCGGCGGACCGCGGGAGGCUCCCGUAUCUGGAUAGCGUCAUCAACGAGGGGAUGCGGAUCCGGCCGGUGAGCCCGGUGCUGAUCCCGCACAUGGCCAUGUCGGACAGCAGCAUCGGAGGUCACGCCAUUCGCCGUGGGACUCGCGUGUUGGUCAACAUGUGGGCCAUCCAUCACGACCCCGACCACUGGGACCGACCGGAUCUGUUCAGGCCAGAUCGCUUCCUUGAUGACCAGGGUCAGCGAGUCAUACCCUCCUGGUUCCUGCCCUUUGGGGCGGGGCCUCGCAUCUGCGUGGGCGAAUCGCUCGCUAGGACGGAGCUCUUCCUCUUCUUGUCCUCCAUGCUCCAGCGAAUGAGCUUUAUGCUGCCGGGCGGGGCCACUCCUCCCAACCUGCAGGGUCGUCUCGGCGUAGUAUUGCAGCCACUGCCUUAUAAGGUUGCCGUCAGGCCAAGGGCGGGGUGGGAAGUUAGCACUCACGUGAACUAACCGAUUGCUUCUGAAAAUGUCAUCCGUUUUUUUCCAUUCAUGAUCCGAAAUGACGGCGCUUCAAUAA